AUGAAGACGGAAAAUUCUGAAUUGUGGCUGUUGCCCAACCUACAUGAAUUACGGACAGAGUGCCAGGCUGGCACUUUGAAUGUCAUAACUAAGUGCUCUGCUAAACAGUUCAGUAGUUGUAAGCGCAUUGGUGUAUUUGUAGUAAUAAAAUUCUCAGAUAAACAACCAGAAUUAUCAGAGGUGGUUAAAGAGGUUGCUCGACAUUACCAGGAGCAAGAGAUAGUGACAGGAAAGAAUCUGAAGCUUCUGAAACAGCUUGAGCUUCAGGUUUCUGAGCUUGAAAAAGAAAAACAGUCACUUUUGCUUGAGUGUCAAGCAACCGAAAAACAAAUUUGCACAGUAGAGAAUGACAUUUUACAGACACAAAAAUUUUUGAGAAGUCUGGAAAAAGAAACACAUGCCAUUUUUAUGGAAAAUGUUAAGUGUCAACUUACAAUAGAACAAGAGGAAGAAAAAUUUCAGAUACUUUUGGAAGAAUUUAAUACAUACAGAAAUAAAAUGGAAUCCUACAAAGAAGAUAUAUCAAAAGAAGAAGGAAGCUUUUCAACAAGAAAAGAGCUAAUGGAGAAAAAAGAAAUGGUUAAAAAUCUAAAAGCAAAAAAGGAGGCACUAAGAAUUGAUCUUCAAAAUCCUGACGGAAGUCUAGUCAGAUCACUACAGGAAGAGCUUUUUAAUUUAAAGACAAAAAUUGAUGAUGCAAAUGGUGCUAUCAGUGAUUUAAAUUCACAGCUGAUAAAAGAAGAGGAAAUUCAACUCCAGUUAAAGAAAGAAAUUGAGAUGCUAAACAGGAGAUCAGAAGCAAUUAUCAGGCGCCUGCAUUGUCAGCUUAAUAAGGCACAAGCUAAUAAAAGGUUACAGCGUUGGAAUAUCGAACAGUUGCAAAAAAAAUUAGUUUAUCUCAGAAAAUGUCUUGGAAGUACAAAAUAAAUAAAAAUUAUUUUAAUUUUUAUUGUAAAGCUGUAUAGUCAUUUGUUCCUUAUUUUGUUUUAAUU